CAUCACCUGGGAGCAUCCGCUGCAUUGGAGUGAGAGAGAUACGAUAAUGAAAUGAAAAGAGAGGGAGAGCAGCCAGGUGAUGUUUUCCGAAUGCACCUCAAGAGAAGUUAGUUUGUGUUCUCUGCUGUUUUCAGACUUCCCUGUGGUGAAAGAUUGUAUGUGUUCCACUUUUUAAUUAUUAUCGCAAAAAUGGUUCACACAGACUGGGAUCGGAUAUUAUCUGUAAAUGCUUCAUCUUUAACGGAUGAGGAAAUCGAAGAUCUUUUUCCUGCUGUAGUUCGAUGCGAUGUAGACGAGAUAACCGAUGUACAGAGUUUACGAACGCUCAUGAGACUAUCGCAAGAAAUCAUGACUUAUAAAGAUAAUCAAGUAGAAGCCUUGCUCCUUGAAUGUGGUGAAUUAAAGGAAACAAUAGUUUCGCUACGUCCUGAAGCUGCCAAACGAAAAAUUCAAGAUCAUGAUAAAUCCGUGACGAGACAAGAAUCCAAUGGUUUUAGCAAGAAUGUAGGUUUAUUGGAACAUACUUAUACAGAUACACAAGGAAAAAAUGAGAAAAUUAAGACUCUCAUGAUAGAACUAGAGAGUUUGGAUAAAGAAAAUAGUAUUCUUAAGGGACGGCUAACAACAUUGAAAGAUGAAAUGGAAGAUGCAACAGAAAAAAUGAAUGAAAUGACUGAGGAAUUACGUUCCGCUCAAAUAAGAGAUGCAGAAUAUAAAGACAAAAUGUUGAAAUUUGAACAGGAAAAUGCAGCUUUGGUUAUUCAAAUCAGAGAAGUAACUGCACAACAAAUAGACAGAGACAGAAUUUUAGAUGAAUUUGGUAUAGCUAUUGAUGCUAGAAUAUCUGAGUGGAAGGACAUAUUGAAUGAGAAGGAUGAUGAAAUUACACGUUUAAAAGAAAGCUUAUCACAAUCUUUAAUGCAGUCUGUUACAUCGGUUAAAGAAGAAAACAAAUCUGAAAUUAUUCAUCUAAAUGACGAAAUAAUUCGCCGAGAUGCAAUUAUAGUUGAGUUGAAGACUAAACUGUCUGAAGCAGUUGUUGAAAUAAAUGAGAGUGCUACACUUAUAGACAAAUUAAAACAAAAAGUACAGGAGCCUAUGAAAAACGACAAACGAAAAGAACAGAAAAAUUUGUUGAAAAGAAUACAAAGUGCAAAUGAAAAAAUUUCUAAUUUGGAGGAUGCAUUAUCCCAAGCGCAAGAAGAUGCCAAAUCUCAGAGUAGCAAGUUGUGCGAUGUGCUGUGUACAUUAAAACAAUAUGAGGAGGGAAAUGAAGCUUUAACUAAAGCAUUAAACGAAAUUAAAGAAUUAAAAGUUAAAUUGGGUUACAAAAAUGAACAUAUAGAAGAUUUAGUUAAUGUCGUUAAUAAACUUGAGAUGCUAAAUUCGUAUCAAGAGAUGGAAAUUUUAACUCUUAGAGAAAAGUUAGGGAUUCCAGAGGAUGAAUCGGUAUCAAUUAAAAGCGUUGUUGCGAAACGAAAAGAAGAAUCAAGAAAAUUAGAAGAACUUGUUCAGCAAAAUAAAAACCUUGUAGAAGAAAAUUUAGAAUUAAAGUCAGAUAUAAGGAUGUUAAAAUACAAAUUAAGCAAGUCUGAGAAGAUAUUAGAUAUUUCAGAUAAUUUAGGUGAUUCUAGUGAUCAGUUUUUACAUUCAACUAAAUUAGCGGAAUCGGAAAAUAUGCAAGUACGUUCCAAAACUGACACUUUCGAACUUAAUCAAAAUAUUCAGAUACUUAUAGAAGAAAACGAAGCGCUUAGAACAGGCAUGCACGAGAUUAUGGACAGUAUACACAAUCAAGAUGGUAAGAGCGGAGUGGAAAUACAAUCCAAUACAUUGGAACGGUUAUUGGAAGCUUUAGAUGUUAGACAUUUAGCUGGUUGGUAUCAUCCAGCUAUGAGAUUACAGGGACAGCUUAAUGUGGUACAAGGUAGUAAUGCUGAAUUAAGAUCGCAACUUAAACUGCUGAGGAAAGAAUUGCAAAAGAAAGAUAAUAUAUUGCAAGAUUUAGCAGUAAAUAGAAAUAUAGACGUCAAGAAAUUGUACGAGAAGUAUAGCGAAGAAGACGAAGCGAUGACGAUAUAUCUUACGGAAAUGAAAGCUUUGCAAACGGCAUAUAAGAAUGAAGCAGAGGAAUGGGAAAAGCAAAAAGAUCGCUUAGUUCAAGAGAACAACGAAUUGAAGGAUGAGAUAGAUAGUUUUAAGAAGCAGCUAGACAUUUAUAAGAAAGAUCUACAGAUUAUAGAAAGUGGUGAUAACGAAAUUCAGAAAGUAUUCGCGAUAAAAACAAGAGAGUAUGCAGAUGCCAUCAAUGAAGUAAUUAUCGUAAAUAGGAAAAAUACUAGUCUUCAACAGUUACUCAACAAGGAAACUAGUAGACUGUACGAGUGUCAAAAGGAAAUAAUAAAAAAAGAGAGUGAACUAAACAAGACCCUUGCGGACGCAACUAAAUACAAUAAAACAUUGCUAUCAGAAAUUUCACUUUUACAGAGUAAUUUGUACAAUUCUGUAAGUGCAGCGGUGCAUAACGAAUUAAAAGAGAAACACGAGGAAUUGAAUAUACGUUAUCACGCUUUGUUAGAAACCAAGACGACGUCUUUUGAUUACAAUGAGAUAUUAUCUUGGAAAACCGAGAUGGAAACGAUAAGGCAGGAGAAAUAUCAACUUGUGGAAGAUUUGCGGAAAGUCGAUGAUCGCGAGACCGAUAAUUUACAGCAGAGCUUAAAAGAAAUAGAAACCAAAGAAUUGAUUGAAAGACAACGAGCGGAUCAGAUGACUAGAAUGCACGAGAUAACACAAACUCAGUUGACAAAAUGUGAAGACAACGUUAAGCGACUUACCGUUUCUAAUUCUGAACUGCAGGAGAAACUGAUCGAGAUGCAUCGAAAAUUGUCUAAGGAAAUAGCGCUGCAGGAAACUAUCCAAGUGAAUGAUAAUCAUAUACAAGAGCUUCAAAAUAUAAAUGUUCAGCUCACUAUAGAAAAUGAAAAUUUGAAGAAAGUGCUACAAAUUUCUCAAGAAGAAGCUCAAUUGCAGUAUUCGCUAAAUUCAUUGCAAACGCUAGAAUUAGACAGUCUCAGGCAUCAAAUAUUAGACUUGCAAGCUGUAAGUGAAGAUAAGGCCACUAUUUCGAGACUCGAUUUUGAGCUUACGAGUAAAAAGAUAUCGGAAAUGGAAUUAACGGCACAGAAAACGCGUUUGCAGAAUAAGUUGUCUUCCACGCAGCAAGAGCUCGACAACUCUAAGAAGAAAUGUGAAGAAAUGCGCGGCUAUAUACAAGAUUAUCGGAAACGAUGUGACAAUCGUUGCAAGUAUUAUAUGGAUAUUAUAUAUUUUUUACAAUGCCAGUAUGCAGGAUCGACUUCUUUAAGUAGCCUGGAAAAAGUAAUUGCACUAGCUGCAAAAUUGAAGAUGGAUCGACGAGAUAUCGAUUCAGAAAUGCAAAAAGUAAAAAAAUGCCAUGAAGAUGUGAAAUAUGAACAGCAACUCUUGUCUACACGUCUUGAGAUUGUCGAGCGUCUGAAAGAUAUAUUGGAACAACAAAUUGGCGCCGGUAACGCUCAAAAUAUAAUGGAACAUUUUGCGGAAACUUCGCAGCAGACACUAAGUGAUUUCAAAUACAAACGACGAAUAGCUCACUUAGAGCAUGAGCUUCAAAUAGCUAACAGCAAAUUCAAUGAACACGAGUCAGUAAUUGCCGGCAUGGAACAGGACAUGAUGAAUAUUCAGAGAGCUUGGUAUCCCCAACAAGAUCAUCAACUUCAAAUUAACGUACCGCAUUUGGAGACAAAGUUUGUUCAAGUAGCGGUGGAAUUUCAAGUAAUCGGUGUUCAAACAGAUCCUUACACCUGUUGUCUGAAUGAAAAAAUAGAACAUACAGUGAAGAAAAACGAGGUUUCGGAAGAUAUUCGAAAGCCAUCUGAACCGAGUGAAACUAUGGAGAAAACAUUCCAAGAUGCGGAAAGUAAUACAGAAGAAGAGAGCAAGAGUUCUACGCAUCUUAACGAGCAGCUGGAUCACGCACUGAAACUUGUAUCAGAACGCUCCGCAAUGCUCGUCAAGUGCGAAUCACAAUUAGUGGAGUGUCAAACAAAAGUGGAUACUUUAACUAAGGUAAUCGAGGAAAAAGAUUCGUGUCUUAUCCAAAAGCAAAAUGCACUCGAUGAGUUGGCGUCUCAGUCGCGUACCACGGACAUUGAAUGCACCGACAAGUUGGCUUUGAAAUCAACGAUAAAUAGUUUGCAACAAUUAAUCUCUCAAAAGGAGGAGACCAUUUUGAGGUAUCAACAUUUAUUAAAAGAGGACAGGGAUGAACAUAGUCGGGCAGCCAGUCGUUUUCAAGACGAGAUUAAGAAUUUGCACGACCGUAUCUUCGCCAUGCAGAGUGAGAUCAGAAGAAACGAAGAAUCGAUUGUGAACAAUGUUCACGGAAAGGCGUUGGCUUCGACAUCCAAUGAAAACACAUCCAAAAAGAAGAGCAGUGCCGCGCAAGAGGAAGAGAUUGUUAGGCUACGAGAAAAAGUGUCUACUUGCGAGGCAGAAUUAAAUAUUAGCAAAGAAUUAAGUGAUCGUUGGCAUCGACUGGCAGAAGAAAGAUUGAAACAUAUGGAUCGUAUGAGAGAAAGAUUAGAGCAACAACAUAAAACUGAACUCGAAAGCUAUCGCGGUGAAUUGAAUAAAUGGCAGGCCGAGGCCGACAUGCUCAGACAACAAUUGUCUGAAAAUCGCGUGUUGCUCACGAAAGGAAAUAUUUCACUGAUGAAGGAGCUACAAGAGAAAGAUGACAAAAUACACGAGUUAAGUCUUACCUGUCAACAAUUGCAGAAUGAAAUUGAGUUAAUGGAGUCUGUAGGCCGAUCUCAACAAAUGACAGCUCGGGUUGAUACGAAGACGAACGAGACAGCAUAUACUAGCCAUCGUGAUCAAGUGCAACAACAAAAUCAAGUAGAUAUUUUGCGCCGGCAGCUUCAAUCUUUAAUGGAGAAGGAAAAGAUGUACAAGUAUGAAAUAGCCGACUUGAAACAGCAACUCAGUCGCAGAUACAUGGCGAUAAAAACUCAGGAGAAGAAAACAUCGCAGCGUGAAGCCCAACUAGAGCGUAAAGUGGCUUCUCUGGAAGAAGAGUUGUAUAAAACGAAAACUCAGUUAGACCGUGAAUAUCAGGCGCAAGAAGCUAAAAAGGCUAAGACCGCAGAAGAACUUGCAUUGUGGGAGAAACAGAAAAAAUGGCAGCAAACAGCAGAGAAAUUAAAGGAGAAACUUAAAGAGAAAACCGAUGAAUACGCGAAAUUGUUGGCAAAUCACGAGAAACUUCGAUCUGUCGUUUCAUGUAUGGAACGAGAGAAAUGGUAUUUAAGAAGUAGACUUAAAUGUGAAAGCGAUAUCGUAUCUGGCGAUUCGUCAACAAGACUCCUGUCGAGCGUACAACGUAAAACAGUAGAAGAACUAGAGAAAGAAUGCUUAACACUGAGAGAACGUGUUAAGGAAUUAACUGGUCGCUUGGGGAAGGAAGGUAAUGAACAGUUGAUGUUGGAAAUAGUAGAAUUGAAACGUCGAAAUGUCGCUUUAGAAGCAGUCUCUCAGGGAAAUGUAUGCGUGAUCAGCCAGCUGGAAAAAUUAGAACUGACUAAAGAUAUUCUAGAAAAGAUGAAUCUCAAGUUGGAAAGUGAAAAUUUUGAGUUGCGACUCGAAUUAGAGAGGGCGAAUUCGGAUACUCCGAGAUUGCGAGAGAAAGUGGAUCAUUUAGAAAAAUAUAUAAAAUUAUUAAAAGCAGAAAAAUCGUCUGAUUCGACCUCUAGAUCGUCAGAUAAAGAUUUACCAGAGAGAGAACCGGGCAUUAAAAAGUCUAUCUUUGAAAUGGAGAAAACAAUAUUUACAUUGAAACGAAUCAUUGAGAAACUUCAGGCAGAGAAUAAAAGACUGAAAUUUAGUUCCAAGAAAACUCAUUUUCUAGUCAAUCAAGGAAAAACAAAUAUCGUCGAGGGAAACAUUUUACUUCAAAGGCAAUAUGAGGAAUCUCAAAAGCGUGUAAUAAGUUUAGAAUCAGAUUUGCGACUAGCUGAACAGAGAGUAACUAUGUUAGAAAAAGCUCAAAAGGAGGAUGAUAACGGGGAUUUAAGAAUUUUGAGGCAACAGCUAAUUCAUAAAUCUGAGCUUUUGGACAAAGUGAAACAGUUAUUGACACGUGCAGCCACUAAUGAAAAGACGUUGCGGCAACGUGUGCAACAGCUAGAAUCAAAGCAAACUCUAUCAACAAUUCCAGAAUGCUAUGUGAUUCCACCUACACCAGAAUAAUGAGUGUUUUGGUAAUAAACAUUAAAGUAAAUUAAUGGAUUUGCAGUAAAGAUUAUAUAUUUUUAUCAAGACAAAUGUACACAUUUUAUUCAUGUUUUCUCAGCCGAAUAUAUAUCUAUAUUAAGUGAAACAUUCAAUCUUUAUCCAAUGCUUGUAUUGUGUAUUAUAAUAGUUUUAUAAGCGUAUAUAUAAUCGUAAUCAUUUUUGUACACACAGGCGCAUAAUGUUCAUUUGUAUACGGAAGAAGUUGCUGUUACCUUAAGACACUUUGUAUAUGUAUUUGACAUAUGUGUCAUUUGACAAAACAAGAUGAAAUUUCAUUAUGUCUUGCGUAGUAAAACAAUUGUUGAUAUUAACUAAAUUAUAUCAUUCUUACGUCGUAAUUUGAAAAUAUGAAAUGCACAUAGAAAGAAAUGUUAACGACUUAUGAGAUGUAUGAGACUCAUUAUUGUAAGAAUUCUGUCUAGCUGAAAACAUCAAUAAUGUUUCUUAUAUUCUAAACGCAUAUGGAAUAAAAUAUUUUUAUUUAAAUUA